AUGGCUCCCAAUUCCACCCUACAAGAACUAGCGACGGAGUUCCCCAGCAUGAUUCGCGUCUACAAAGACGGCACCGUCGAGCGCCUGCGUGACACCGAUUUCGCCCCUCCCUCUGCUGCCGGCGGCGUAUCCUCCAAGGACGUCGUGUUCCUCCCGGAGCUCAACCUCUCCGCCCGCCUCUACCUCCCCUCCAUCUCUGGCCACCGGAAACUGCCUCUCUUACUCUACUUCCACGGCGGUGGCUUCUGCAUCGCCUCCCCCUUCUGCGGCAAGUACCACCGCUACGUGUCCCGCCUCGCCGCCGAAGCCCAAGCCGUCGUCGUUUCGUUCGACUACAGGAAAGCCCCCGAGCAUCCAAUCCCAGCCGCGUAUGAGGACUCCUGGGCCGGGCUCCAUUGGGCCGCUUCGCAUCGGGCCGGAAACGGGCCCGAGCCUUGGCUAAACGACCACGCAGAUUUCGGCCGUGUUUUCUUAGCCGGCGAGAGUGCCGGAGCAAAUAUCGUCCACAACUUGGCGAUGGCAGCUGGAAAUCCGGAUUUCGGGCUUCAAAUGAGGCUUCUCGGGGUUGCAUUGGUGCAUCCAUACUUUUGGGGGUCUACGCCUAUUGGGUCCGAGCCCAUUUAUCCACAACCGGAUGCAAAGGCCGUGACGGAGAGGUUGUGGCCGUUUAUUUGUCCGUCAAGCCCGGAUAACGAUGACCCACGAGUGAACCCGAUGACUCCAGAUGGGCCGAGCUUGGUGGGCUUGGGCUGCAAGAGGGUGCUGGUUUAUGUGGCUGAGAAAGAUUUGUUGAAGGACAGAGGGUGGCUGUAUUAUGAGGCAGUGGGGAGGAGUGGGUGGAUGGGAGUUGUGGAGAUUGGUGAGACUGAAGGUGAAGGCCAUGGGUUCCACUUGUAUGAUUUGGAGAGUGAAAAGGCUGAGGCUUUGAUCAAAAGGCUGGCGGCUUUCUUUAAUAGAGAGAUGCCUUCACUUCCUUGGUAA